UAUGGCGGCGAAGGCAGACGGCUUAGAGAAAUUCAGCAUCGAUGCACGGCUCGGAAGCUGUCGAUGGAAAGAGGGGGUUUUUUUUGUAAAACUGUAGGAUUGUUCAAACCCUAACGUUGCGUCCGUUUAAGCAGAUAUUUCCUUGUUGGUUACUGCUUCCGUUCUCUUUCUGCCUGGUUUUGGAUUUUCACACGCUGUGCUAUCCUUCCCACAUCUGCUUCCACAAUUGCUAAUGUUCCUUGAUGGAUAGACUAGGUCACAUGCUUCCAUUAUGGUCUUCAAAAAUAUAUUUCAGACAGAUAUAGAUGAAACCGAAAAUAAAAACCUGAGUGACGAGGCGUCAGCCGCAAAGGCAUCGGGGCAUACCGGAGAAGGUCCGAACGCAGCAUAUAGAUCUAACUCUGGCUUUGCGUUGGAUGCGGGUGAAAAGGACGGCGAGGGAUCUGACGACGCCGACGAUGGGUAUGGCAACGAGAAGGAGCGGGUGCAUGAGAAUUCUACAAGUGCUGAACGUGGAUAUCCGAAUCUGAAAUUGAAGAAGGAGAGCGUCUAUUCAGAAUUGGCCGAGACGGCUUCCCAUAGUACUUUGCUGAGUGGCGGCAGUCUCACUGAGGAGGAACUAAAGAUUUUGAUUGAGGAAAAACGGCGAAAAAACCUUGAAGCAUCGAUCCGGUUCAGGCUGAAAAAAAAAACAAGGCAAACGAUCUGAUGAAGAAGAUUCAAGCCGAAAAUGAGAAGAUUACAAACUUCAAAACUAAGCUGCACAAGCUCGAGAUCGAAAACACGUGUUUGAGAAAGAUGCUAGUCGGGAACUGGAACCCACAGACCGACAGCGAGCUGCUCCAGGAUGAAGAGAUGCUCAACUCUUCCGUGAGCGGCGAAAUGACAAAUAUCGAGAUCUUGCGCAACUUG